UAAUAAUAAAAAAGAAUGUUUAAAGGAUCAUCAAUAAAAAUAUUAUUAAUAGGGCCAGCAUAAUCAGGGAAAUCAAGACUUGCAAAUUAUAUAGCAGAUAGAGAAGAUAUUUCAUAAAAUGGAUAUAGACCAACAGGAGGAGUAAGAAUAAUGGAAUUUGAAAAAGAAGCACCAAAGAAUCCUAAAAGACCAGGAUCAGAAAAAGUAAUUGUAGAGCUUUGGGAUAUGAGUGGAGAUACAAAGUUUUUAUUUUAAUUAAAACAGAUAUGAUUCUUGUUGGCCUGCAAUAAUGAAAGAUGCUUAAGGAGUUAUAUGUGUAUAUAAUGCAGAAAAUCCUAAACAUGAAUAAGAAUUAGAAUGGUGGGUUAAUCAAAUUUCAAAAAAAGCUGGUAUUCCUGCAGCAUAAAAUGUUGUAUUUGCUCAUCAUUUAACAGGCAAAACUAUUAAAGGAUAAUCAAAAUUACGUAUAAUUUAUAUUUCUAAAUAUUUUUCAGCUAAAUCAUUAAGUAGUUUAAUUGUUCAUGAUACUUCCAUUGAAGAAGGAAAUCAAACUAUCCAUCCAGCAUUUGAAAAAUUUUUUAAUUCUUUAAUGUUAAGUAUUUAUGAAAAAUAAGAAAAAGAAGAAAAUAGAUUAAUGAAUUGA